AUGCCACCACCACCAUUCCCCCCUGCUGGAUAUUCUGAAGAUAUCGUCCGGCGAGUCCGCGUGCUCUUCAACGGGCAAUAUGUGGUCGAUGCUCCGAACCCUAAACUUGUGUGGGAACACCCCUACUACCCCGUCUACUACUUUCUCCGCUCCGAUAUUAGCCAUGAGUACCUAGCCAACAAAAACAUCGACUCCAACGGACACGCAGUCUACGACCUAGUUGUCAACGAUCGAACAUCGUCAUCCGCAGUAACCCUCUUUCAGUCCGGCCCGUUGAAAGACUACGGCACGAUCGGAACCAACAAAGCCGACAAAUGGUUUGAAGAGGAUGAGUGCUUCUACGGCCAUCCAAAGGAUCCAUACAAAAGAACCCAAAUUCUGCAAUCCUCAAAGCAUGUCCGCAUAGAGAUUGAUGGCUUUGAGGUUGCUAACACAACGCAUCCAAAGCUGUUGUACGAGACAAGUCUGCCUAUUAGAACGUAUAUUCCACAUACAGACGUCAGGCUGGACUUGUUGAAGGAUGACCUCGACCUGAGUACUAGUUGUCCGUAUAAGGGAGACGCGAGUUAUUAUGUUGUCGAACUCCCUGAUGGGCAGAAGAAGCCCGGCCUCGCAUGGUGGUACAAAACACCGACUUCAGAGUGCGCGGAUAUUAAGGGAUAUAUUGCCUUUUACGAUGAUAAAGUUGAUGUUUGGGUGGAUGGAGUAAAACAGGACUCACCUAUCAAUCUUAAGGGAUAG